AUGCGGCUCAUUGUACCCCACUUCACCCGCCCCGCGCUCCUCCAAAACGCCCUCCGAUACACCCUCACCUGCAGCAAGCACACCUCUGUGUCCACCCGUGCCCGCUUCUCUGCACCCCGUCGCCUGUUCUGCGCUCAUCAGUCUUCGGGCUUCGUCGAUGACGAGAUGGGCAAGGAAGACAAGUCCAAGAACUUCAAUUUGAAGGUGCCAAAGGGCACGCGCGAUUGGACCGGCGAAGACGCCGCACUCCGCGAUCGUCUCUUCGAUACCGUCACAGACAUUUUCAAACGCCACGGCGCCACCACGCUCGACACCCCCGUCUUCGAGCUCAAGGAGAUCCUGAGCGGCAAAUAUGGAGAAGACUCGAAGUUGAUCUACGACCUGCAAGACCAGGGCGGAGAGUUGUGCUCGCUGCGCUACGACUUGACAGUCCCGCUUGCACGAUGGCUUGCCAUGAAUCCGAGCGUGCAGAGCUUCAAGCGCUACCAGAUUGCCAAAGUGUACCGCCGCGACCAGCCCGCCAUGACCAAGGGCCGCAUGCGCGAGUUCUACCAAUGCGACUUUGAUAUUGCAGGCUCCUAUGACGCUAUGAUCCCCGACGCUGAAGUCCUCAAGAUCGCUACCGACGUUUUCGACGGCCUCGGCUGGGAGUCGUACACAAUCAAAAUCAAUCACAGGAAGAUUCUGGACGGUAUAUUCAAGGCCGCCGGUGUGAAGGAAGAGCUAAUAAGGCCUAUAAGUUCCGCAGUAGACAAGCUUGACAAGCUUCCGUGGGUCGAGGUGAAGAAGGAGAUGGAAACCAAAGGACUGCCGACAGACAUUGCGGACAAAAUUGGCGACUGGGUACAGCGCAAGGGCGGCGACGACAUCAUCGAAUUCCUCAAGAAGGAUGAGGUACUCUCCCAGUCUGAAGACGUCAUCAAAGGCGUCCGGGAUAUGGAGCUAUUAUUCGCUUACCUCGAUGCUUUUGGCGCCCGAAAGAGAAUAUCGUUCGACUUGUCACUUGCCCGAGGCCUAGACUAUUACACUGGAGUCAUCUAUGAAGUCGUCACAGAAGGCUCUGCACCUCGCGUGCAAGGAAAGCAACAAGAGAUCGGCGUAGGGAGUGUCGCAGCCGGUGGUCGUUAUGAUGAAUUAGUGGGCAUGUUCAGCGGCAAGCCUAUUCCAUGCGUUGGCAUCUCGUUCGGAAUCGAUCGAAUCAUCAGCAUCAUGAAGGCCCGCGGCCAGUCAACACAGCGUGCUAAAGACGUGGAUGCUUAUAUCAUGGCGUUUGGCGGCAAAGGCUUUACGGGCAUGUUGACGGAGCGCAUGCAUGUCGCACAAGAGCUGUGGGCGGCCGGGAUCAAGGCCGAGUUCUCUUACAAGCUGAAGCCGAAACUUCCUCAACAGUUCAAGCAGGCGGAGUCGGCAGGCAUUCCACUUGCUGUUAUUCUUGGAGAGGACGAACUCAAGGAAGGGAAAGUCAAGAUCAAGGUUUUAGGCAUCAAAGACGAAAGCAAUCCGGAGAAGGACGGUGUGUUGGUGAAUAGGGACAAUAUGGUUACUGAGAUCCGAAAGAGGUUGCCGAACACAUCCUGA